AUGGCCUCUAAAGACUUACCCGUACCUGCCCCAAUGGUAGUGAAAGGUGACAUCAGGGGGAACUGGAAAUUUUUUAAAUCUCAGUGGGCCAAUUAUGAAAUUGCCACAGGCCUUGUAAUGAAGGAACAACCUAUUCGAAUAGCCACAAUACUGACAGUGAUGGGUAAAGAUUGUUUUCAAAUUUAUGAAAAUUUGCCACUCAGUGUUCAAGGCAGAGAGGAUAUUGACAAAAUUCUAGAAGCAUUAGAUGGUCACUUCAUGCCAAAAACAAAUGUGAUCUACGAACGGUAUAUCUUUAAUACGGCAGACCAGAUGCCCAAUGAAUCGUUUGAUGAUUACUUGUGCCGACUACGAGAACUUGCAAAGACAUGUGAGUUGGGCAAUAUUAUGGACCAAAUGAUUCGUGAUAGGAUAGUACUGGGAACUAAGGACCAAAGUGUUCGUGGACGAUUGCUCAGAGAAUCUAAGCUUACCCUUAACAGUGCCAUAGACAUGUGUAGGACCAGUGAGAGAACUACCUGCCAGCUUAAGAAACUACAAGGACAGAGUGACACUUACAAUAAUAAUACAGCUCAAGUCAACUAUGCAGCAAGAGGAAAUAAGAAACACAUGAAAGAUACAAAGCAGCAGAAAAGAUCUUCAACAAAACCACCAAAAUACUCAAACAAAGGAGAUUUUAAAUGUAAAUACUGUGGUGGAAGGCAUGCAAGAGGAAGAAACAAUUGUCCUGCUUAUGGACAAAUCUGCAACAAGUGCAAAAAGAAAAAUCAUUUCUCUUCAGUGUGUCAGAGUGCUAACAAAACUGUUCUUCAAGUUGAUGAAACAGAUGACAGUAGUGAUUGUGAAUCUUGUUACACAGUGAAGACAACACAUGGUAAACAGUGGUUUACAAAAGUCAACAUGGUGAUUGACAAUGCAACUCAUCAAGAUGUAAUCUGUCAACUAGACUCUGGAUCAACAUGUAACAUUCUUGGAUUUCGGCAGUACUGCAUUCUUACCCAAAAUGGUUGUCCACCAUUGAAAGCAACCAGCAAGGCUCUUCGACUCUAUGGUGGAACAUCAAAGCUUGAGCACUUAGGUACUGUUGACAUUAUCUGCUCAGUACAAAACAAUACAGAAUGUCUGAACUUUUAUGUGGUAGAUACAGAUCAAACUGCACUGCUCUCAGCUGAAGCAUGUGAAAGGUUAGGACUGUUAUCUGUGAAUAUUGUGAACAGUGUUGAUACAUCAGUUAAGAAUAGCUUUGAACCACUAACGCGCAGUCAACUGUUGAACACAUACCAUGAUGUAUUCGAGGGCCUAGGAUCUUUCCCAGGCGAGUACAAGAUUGAAAUUGAUCCGUCUGUCAAGCCAGUUCAGCAUCAACCCAGAAAAGUUCAUCAAGCCAUGAAGCAGGAAAUUCACACAAAAUUGAAGGAUCUUGAGAACAGAGGUGUGAUCAAGAAAGUUACUACCCCAACAGACUGGAUACGUAGUAUGCUAACCGUGAAAAAACCUGGUAAGCUACGCAUAUGCAUUGAUCCCAGAGACUUGAACAAAGCUAUCAAGCGAUCACACUACAUCAUGCCUACCCUUGAGGACAUAUUACCAAAUCUUGCGAAUGCAGAAGUAUUCUCCGUCCUCGAUGCAAAAGAAGGAUUCUGGCAGAUCAAAUUAGAUGAAUCUAGCAGUUUUCUAACAACGUUCUGGACUCCUUUUGGUCGAUAUAGAUGGUUGCGCUUACCCUUCGGCAUUUCAUCAGCGCCCGAAGAAUUCCAGCGUAGACAACAUGAAGUGUUAGAAGGACUAACAGGAGCAGAAUGUGUGAUGGAUGACAUCAUAGUCUACGGCUGUGGACAGACCAUGGAAUCAGCAAUUCGAGAUCAUGACCGCAACUUGACGGCAGUUCUACAAAGAGCUCGUGAGGUGGGACUUAAGCUAAACAAGGACAAGUUCAAACUUCGUCAGACUGAAGUUAAAUAUAUGGGCAGUAUACUUACCGCAGAAGGCAUCCGUCCUGAUCCAGACAAAGUAAGCGCCAUUACAAAUAUGAAAAGACCUGAAAAUGUAAAAGCAGUGCAACGUUUUAUUGGUCUAGCAACAUACUUGUCUCGAUUUUUGCCUCACCUAUCGGAAACCUGCGAACCUUUGCGACGUCUUACAGACAAAGGAGCCAUUUGGUCUUGGCAAUCGCAGCAGGAAGAAGCAUUUCAGAGUGUCAAACGUCUCGUGAGUCAUCAACCCGUACUCAAAUACUAUAAUGUCCAUCAGGAGGUCACAAUUCAGUGCGAUGCAAGUGAAGUUGGCCUUGGAGCCACAUUACUGAAACCUCUUUUGUCAGCUCCAAAACGACUCCAGCGAAUGUUACUGCGCCUCCAGAAAUACAACCUGGAUGUUGUUUAUACCAGAGAAAAAGAGUUGUUCAUCGCAGAUACCUUGUCUCGUGCAACUCCAGAGUAUCAUGGACAGCACACUUCCAAACUCGCUGAGGAAAUAGCACAUAUUCAACAUGCAGAGUGGGUUAGAAAAGUCACAGACUUGAGACUGAAUCAAAUUCGAGAUUUGACCAACAAGGAUGAGAAUCUCCACAGCCGUGUUGUCAUUCCCAAAGCUCUUCGACCAGAAAUGCUACGCCGCACUCAUUCCAGCCAUUUAGGAUUUGAGGCUUGUCUACGCAAAGCUAGGGACUCAUUGUAUUGGCCUCCCAUGAAUGAGGAGAUCAAGGAUUUUGUCAGCAAGUGUAGCACGUGCAGCACAUUUCUACGGAAACAACAGAAAGAACCACUAAUGACACAUGAUGUCCCAGACCAGCCAUGGUCAAAACUUGGAAUUGACAUCUUUACUCUAAAAACUGAGGAUUACCUUGUCACAGUUGACUAUUACUCAGAUUUUUUUGAGCUUGACCUUCUUCCAGAUACCACAGCAGCCACAGUAAUCAACUGUUUGAAACAACAUUUUGAUCGUCACGGAACGCCAGAUGUUGUAGUAACAGACAAUGGUCCGCAGUUUAAAUCAACUGAUUUUCAUGAUUUUUCAUGUGAUUGGGGGUUUCAGCAUAUUACUUCUUCCCCCUAUUAUAGUCAGUCCAAUGGGUAA